AGUGUGGAUGUCGUCUCCUUUAGUUCUGUGAAGACUUUGAAGGUUCGUAAAGAAUUGCUCUUCGGUAAAUGCUAUUUGUUAGGUGCUUUCGUCUGGUCGGAUUUCCUUAUGACAAAAUUCCUGCUUGUAGGAUUUAUAUCCGUCGUUGGAUUACUAGGCAUACUAUGGCUCCACGUUAUACUGACAACGUCCACACGUACAGACAAUGCUGUUGAAAUGUUUGACUCAUUUUUAGAACCCAUACCUGGUGAUCCACAGAACGUGUUCGGAAAUAAUGUACAGAGAUUUUACAUUCACAAGAGAGGUUAUGACGUCCUGGUCUUCGUCCAAAUACCCUUCACUGGUGCCGAAGAUUUAUCGACUCUGCUACUGAACGGCCUUCUAUAUGGCCCCUGUCCUGAAUGUGAUGGGCAACCAGACUGCUAUUGUUAUGACUAUUACAGAGAAUCAGUCUUAUUGUCCAAUAUUAAGCAUCCAUGGCCGUGUGGCAUGUAUCCAGGUUUGAGGACGCUGUGGGCGUGUAUUCGCGCCUCCCGAGACCUUGGAAUUCAUCGGAGGCGAUAUAAGAGAAUGAGGUAUCUUUACUGGACACUUCUACGGAACCCGGCACAUCAUUUCUACAAUGAGUGGCUUGAGGUCCGAACGCGUGGAUGGCCUAAGUGGUCUCAGAUACCUGCUGCUAAAAUGGACAAUGCAAAUCGAGAAUGUCAUGCGAUGGCCAACGGGAAAGAUGUCAGUUUCAAAACAUUUGUUAGCUGUCCACAGAACCCCGCAUUCAACAGACAAACACGAAUGUUAGCAAACAUGUCCUUACACGAAUGCCUUUCUGCAACAAGAAUGUCCGAAAACCAUUGUUAUGAUAAAAUGUUAAGCAGUGCCAAAGAUACCCUCAAACAUAUGCCAUUCUUUGGAAUAACGGAGUAUUCGUACAUGACUCAAGUCUUGUUUGAAGAAACGUUUCAGUUAAAAAUAGUCGAUAAAUAUGUUCACCCACUCCAUAUGGAAACAUUCAUGUCUUUUGACAUUUCACGAGAAGAUGUGGAGACUAUUUCUAAUCUCAACAAAUAUGAUUUCUUGUUGUAUGAUUAUGCACAGGAGUUAUUCCUUGAAAGAUAUGACACUCUUGUGACUUUUAGAAUUACAGAAUUGUAGCAAGGAUUUCAUUCUUUGAUCGACGGUUGUGUUCCCUGUACCUGUUUCUGUUCAAUAAACCGUGCCUACAUACAACAAA